AGCCUGUCUGUAGAGCAUUCUGGGGGAAUAAUUUACUCUAUUUACAAUAAAGAGGUACAACAAUAGCUACAAAAAUGUGCAAACCUUGUACAAGGUGAGACUAUUGAGGUCCAUUCAUUGUUGUUCAUUUUAAAGUUCAAAGUAUUCAUUUAAAAUACUGAACGUCAUUUUUUGUUUUUUAAUUAAGGUACCAUGCCACACAUCAAUCUGCAGUUACAGUAAGUUCCCAUUUUCCUACUGAUAAAACUCUGCAUAUCUAUCCAAAAAUAAAUCAGUUUAAACAAUGAAAAACAAAAAUGAAUAAGAAGUGUUGUGCAGUUUGCAAAACGAAGAAUAAUACUGGUUAUAUUUAGCCUAAAUAAUCUAAGCAGGGUACAGCAAGACUCUCCAUUUAAACCAAUGUGUGUACACUACCUUUAAUGUCACCACCUGUUCCUCGUCAUACUCUAUUUUUUUCUACCAGGGCGCUGACCGUGACUCAGCCACUAAGAACUAACACCAGGGCAAUUUAAAUAGGAUUGAAAACCACCUCCGCAUUAUAAUCGCUCUGUCGCGGUUGACCCAGACUGUACCCCUGGUGUUGUGGCGGUGUUGUGGUGGAGACGGUACUCCCACCGGAACCACGGUUCUCCUCGAGCUGUCCCCGCUCGUCCCUGUUCGUCUAAGGGGCGUAAGCGCGCUCCCGAGACACCAGGAAAUAUGGCGGCGCUCAUGACUCUCAGUCAGUUAUCAAGUGGAUACCCAGCCUAUGAAACCUAUUACAGACAGCUGGAUCCAGGAAACACAGGCAAAAUAUCAGCUGGAGAUGCAGCUCAGUUCCUUAAGAAGUCAGGGCUGUCAGACGGUACACUGGGGAAGAUAUGGGAUUUGGCAGAUUCAGAAAGAAAAGGCUACCUGGAUAAGAGGGGUUUCUUCAUAGCUAUGAGACUGGUGGCCUCAGCACAGGGUGGAAAUGACAUCAGCCUUAACAACCUCAACCAAAACUUAGCUGCACCCAAAUUUAAAGACACUAACAGCCCAUUAUUAAGUGUUUCAACAGCAGGGCCUGACUCACAGUGGGCAAUAAGGCCUGAUGAAAAAGGGAAGUUUGAAGGCAUUUUCGAGAGUCUGUCUCCUGUAAAGGGUCUCCUCCCCGGGGAUAAAGUCAGGCCAGUUUUGAUUAACUCCAAGCUACCUCUGGAUGUGUUAGGAAAGAUUUGGGACCUAAGUGAUGUAGAUAAAGAUGGACAUUUGGACAAAGAUGAAUUCACAGUGGCCAUGCAUCUUGUGUAUCGAGCCAUGGAGAAGGAGCCCAUCCCAGCUAGCUUACCUGCUUCCCUCAUCCCUCCAUCUAAAAGGAAGAAAUCUGCUGGUGCGCUGCCAGGUGCUGUGGCUGUGCUGCCUGCUCUGUCAGGGUUUAUGGCUGGCCCGGCUCCUCUCAAAGAUACCUUACGAAGCACUCCUCCUCUGGUCAGCGCUACUCCCCUCAGCACCAGUACAGUCAACCUCUCUCCAAAACACUCCUUCAAAUCCAGCUCACCGCCAGCGGUGAACUGGGUGGUACCGGUGGCUGACAGGGAGAGAUAUAAUGACAUUUUCAAGCAAACAGACUCCGACAAUGACGGCCUUGUCACUGGCAGCGAGGUGAUAGAGAUCUUCAUGCAGUCCAGUCUCUCCCAGACAAUGUUGGCGCAGAUAUGGGGAUUGGCUGACACUAAACAGACGGGCAAGCUGACCCGGGAGCAGUUCUCUCUGGCCAUGUAUCUGAUUCAGCAGAAGGUCAUCAAAGGUGUAGACCCUCCCUCCACUCUCACUCCAGACAUGAUUCCUCCCUCAGAAAGAACGGCGACAUCAGUGGCUGGCCCUAGCUAUGUGGGGCUUUUGUCUUCUCUGAGACCUGAACCUGCUGUACUAGCUAAUAUGCGCAGAGACAGCACCAGCUCCACGGGGUCGGCAGAGCUGACAGGCAUCAAAGAGCUGGAUGACCUCAGCCAGGAAAUAGCUCAGCUGCAGAGAGAGAAAUUCAUCCUGGAGCAAGAGAUACGGGAAAAGGAGGAUGGAAUCAGGCAGCAAAACACUGAAGUUCAGGACAUGCAGAAUGACUUGGACAGGGAGAGCAGCAGUCUGCAGGACCUGGAGUCCCAAAAGCAGGAUGCCCAGGAACGUCUGGAGGAGAUGGACCAGCAGCGCUCCAAGCUGGAAGGGAUGCUCAACGACGUCAAGCAGAAGUGUCAGGACGAGUCGCAAAUGAUUUCGUCCUUGCAGAGCCAGAUCCGCUCUCAGGAGACUGACCUCCUGAGCCAGGAGGACGAACUGAGCCGCACCAAGGCAGACCUGAGUCGGCUGCAGGAGGAGGAGGCCCAGCUGGAGCAGAGCCUGCUCUCCGGUCGCGUCCAGCUGGACAGCAUCGUCAAGUCCCUCAAAACCACCCAGGAGGAGAUCAACCAGGCUCGCAGUAAGCUGUCGCUGAUCCAGGACAGCCAACAGGAGCUGACCAAGACCAUUGAGCAGUACAACAGCGCUUUGAGUGACAUCAACGGAGGAAACUUCAGCAACAUGCCCGACCUAAGUGAAGGGUUUGCUGAGAAGCAGAACGGAGGCUUCAGGAGUGCGGACGAUUCUUUCAAGUCAAAGAUAGCCAUGUUUAACAACAGCAGUGCUAAGGAGCCCCCACCUGACCCCUUCCAGACAGAAGACCCCUUCAAGUCCGACCCCUUCAAAGAUCCGUUUGGAGGAGACCCUUUCAAAGAAAGUGAUCCCUUCAAAGGCACCUCAUCUGACGAUUUUUUUAAGAGGACGGACAAGUCAGACAUGUUUGGAUCCUCAGACCCCUUUGGUAGAAAACCCACACUGCCCGCAAAGCCGAGUGCCUUCAGCAGUGGUGACCCCUUCAAAUCAAACAGCCCAAAACCAAAGGAUUCAGAUGUGUUUGGGACAGCGGACCCCUUUGGAAGCAACUCUUUUGGAAGCAAGGGGGGUGGAUUUGCUGACUUUAGUCAGAUGUCAAAGAAGUCGGACAACCCUGUGCUCCCAUCAAAGAAAAAUGUGCCUAACCGGCCUGCACCUCCCUACGUAGGUAUGCUCAGUGCGGCAGCGUCAGAGCCACUCCAGAGCGUUUGCUCCACAGCAGACAGUAAAGACUCUUUUGUUACGACAGACUCGAGCAAAACAUCCAAAGACUGUCCUGUGGGUUUUGCAGAUUUUGCCUCUGAUCUGAACAUGUCAAGUUUGGAAGUGAGAGCCAGCAGCUGGAGUGGGCCAAGCGGGAGAGCGAGCGUGAGGAGCAGGAGAGGCUAAGGAGGCUGCGGCUCCAGGAGCAGCAGGACCUGGAGCUCGCCAUCGCUCUCAGCCGGGCUUACUCGCCCAGCGCCUGACCAGGCGUGCCCCACCACAUCUUUACAGUCCUCCUCAUUUUGCCUCAUAGUCCUCCCGUCCGCAGGCUCAUGACAACAGCACCGACACUGGCCCGAUAUGACUAGCAGCCCCUGUUACCAAUUUGUGUAAGAGACUAGAGUUUCUCCCGCCAUGACUGGACUCGUGUCAAAUGACUCCACAUUUAGCAACCAGUUAAGGUUCAUUGCUCCCAAACUACAUGGCAACUAUAAUCAGGGACAAUACGGAGCCACUUGAUUUAAGCCUGGCUUCAUCCUGCAAGAACAUAGCGAUUUAACGCAACCCAAACCAGCAGGGUACCCGACUACAACCUAUAUCUAGCUCCAUAUCUUGUUAUGGUUAAUCACCCUGCCUUAACCAAAAGCCAGUUUGUUGCAAACAAAAAAUGUUAAGAAUAUUUUACUGUUUUAUUUGUAUACAAAAGCAAUGAAUCUGUGGUGUAUGAAGUACUUGUAAAAUGCACUGUAUAAACUGUUUUAUAUAACCUUUAAUUACUCCAAAAAAAUUCAUGUUGAAAGUCAAACCAUACGCGUUGACUACCCUGUUAGCCCGUGUUUAGUCAUGUAAUGUAAAUAUUGUUAGAUAACGGUUUUAUGUGCAAACCAUCUUCAAAAAGCAACCCUGUCUUAAAGGACUGGAGUUUAGUUAUCGGCAUGAAAAUGGCACAAUUUCGAUUUUUAUUUCAAAUGUUACAAGUGUUUCCUGCCAUUUAUGAUUGCAUACCUGCUAUUUAUGGCCUUAAAGUACAUGGAUUGAAGAAAUGUUUGAAUAUAAUCAAACCCUCAACAGGGUAUACAUACACGUGUUAAUAUGAAGUUUUGGGAAUCCCUGAUGAGCUUUUUAGUCCUAACAAAGCUUUGGUUGAAUAUGAUUUAGCCCCACAUCACCGGUCGCCUCUUGUAUUUACAAUAAUUAAGAUGCUAGUGAUAAUCAUUGACGUCUUCCUUUCUUAUGAACAAUGUCCAGUCUACCUGGAGCGCUGCUGCACCAUCCCUCUGAUGUCAGCAGCUUGUGUUUGUGUGCGUGUGCACUCCCAUACAACUAAAAGCCUCGAUAAAAUGGAAAAAAGUGUAAAACUACAUUGUUUUUACUGGUGCUGUUACACUUACGCUUUGCCCUUUUUACCUCUUCUGCGACUCUUUUCACAUUAUCGCUGAUGCACACUGACAUCUGCUUCCAGCUUUUCUCUCAAAUCAACCGUCAGAUUUUCUUUUCUGCAUUACUUUUUUUCAGUUCAUUGAUGUCUUAUGAUCCCGUCGGAGGACAUUUGUUUAAAAGCCUUAAAAUAUCGCUUCCUUGUAAUCAUAUAACACUAAUCAGGUUUAUUCGGCACAUAAUGUAUGCACUGUAUAUUCCAGAUCUUACUGGAUAUGUACAGAGUGACAACGCCUUAUUUAUCUACAUAUCAACAUUGUAACGUAAUAUUGCACAAUAUGUAUGUGAUUAUAGAAAAAAAAAAAGUCCUCUGAAUUUUAGGUUGCUCAAAACUGUACCAACUUUUAAUUGAAUAAAAGUGAUUUUUAACAUUC